CGCCGGUUUGGAGUAUAAAUGAAGGACAAUGACCUAAUUGUGUGCAGAACGUGUUGUGUGCUUCUUCGAUGGUCAAUCCCCGUGCGUGUAAUUCAUACUUGACUUGAUUAUUUAUAACUGUAGAACUAAAUUAAAUUGUUUUCUUAUCGAGAAAAUACACAUAAAAGAAAAGUCGGAUUAAAUUUCUCACAACGGGAACGGUGUAAUUUUUUGUAUGUCGCAGUCGAUUAAAUCGUAAAUUAUUAUGAAGACAACUAGUUGGAUUUGGUGGCUCCUCGCCGUGUGUAUCUGCCUUUCCGAAGCAAAGAAUAAGAUUAGAAGACCUUCAUCUCCACCGUAUGCUUCUACAUUGAUAUUAAAAAAACCCCGGCCUAUUAAUCAAAGAAUAUCUAUGGGAAACACCAUUCAUAUUGGUGAUAGUCUGUCUCAUCAGAGAGUACCUUACAAGCACGCCAAUUAUAGAAUUCGUCGGCCAAUAUACAAUGUUUUGUCGACUAACUGGAAGAAUCAAGUUCCAAUGCGAGCAAUAUUCCUGAAUAAUCGGCCAAUUUUGCCACAACGUGCUUCUACCACUAAAGAAUUAUAUUCUAUAAACAAGGUAUCGGAAUACAGUCCGGAAUACAGAUCAGAGUUGGUAGUUUUGCCACCUACUCAUCGAGGGAGUGUCGAUGACGAUAAAGGACCUAUUCACACGAUUCCGGCACCAAAUUUAAGCCCAGCAGAUAGCCCAUACAAUACUGCUACCAAUUUGGAAGAUAUCGCGGAUCACCGACCAUAUCAACCAUCGAGCGAUCUCAAUUACCAUGUUCCGGUACAAAAUCUUAGAAGAACCAAUUUUGGAUUAGCCACUGUUAGCAGUAGUUUAUCGUCGCAAGAAACAGUGACAAACUCGAUUCCGCCGCAACAUCAAUACGAAGUUACAGAAAGCAACGACGUGAUUCCAAAGGAACAGCAAACAAUUCAGUCGGUUAUUUUUCAACCGCAGGAUUUAGACACAACGAAGCUGUAUUCAAUUAUAAUUAACAAUCCUCAGCCGCAAUCCAAUGAGCUUUUUGCAAAUCACCCAGUCAACUCAGAUACGAGUGUUCUAGGUUCGAACACUGUACAAUUCGGCCAGUCAAACAUGCCAAUGCAAACGAAUCUUCAUAGUUCUCUACACGUCGGAUUUCCUUCUACUGUCAUUCCGCAGAUACCGUACGCUAUAGCGCAGCAGAUACCAGAGGACCAUCUUGCUCCAGCAGGGCCACCAUUAUCAGUUUCACAACUUUACAGUCUGUUAAAUAAUUUUCCACCUAAACUUGCGGAACGAUAUACAACAGAUCAGCAACGCAUCCUUCAGCAACAACUUGGCCAAAUACCUGACUCAAAUGCAGUAACAAGCUUUUCUCAAUCACAAAUCCAUUCUUUCAAUUAUGACGAACAGACUGAUCAGUUUCUACAGCGGCGAGAGCAGCAAAUUUUACCCGAUCAAGAUUACGCCUCUGAAAGUGUCAAGGCAGAUUAUAAUAUUGAUUCAGAAUCUUCCUUUGAUAUACGUAAACAAAAUGAUAAUGUGCGCUCCAACGAAGAACUUACGCAUUCUUUAGAUGGGACAACCGAACAAUCUGAAAACAACAUUGAAUAUGGAGAAAUGACCCAUAAAAGAAAUCCGACCAAGUAUUUCGAUAAAGUGGUCGACGACAGCCCUGUGUCGACAAGAUUCUAUACGACACUUCCCAAUAGAGAGGCUGCUGAAAAAUUAGCCGCGCUGGCCGCUGCUGGUAACAUCAACAGUCGUUUCAUUGGCCAGCUUCGAAAACAACAGAAAAAAAAUAUGCAGAAAGAUGAAUCAAUGCCGCUUAAUCAUAAGAACGAUGAUGAGGAUGAUGUAGAUUAUAGCAAGUCUCAGAUCGAUGAUGAUCAACAACAAAAAUAUAAUCAACUGAAAUCAAACCAGAAUAGUCAGCAGCACCACCAUAGACAAAGUUAUAAAAUGCAACACAAUGAAAAGUUACCUCUACAAAUUACAGUACCUGACGAGAGUGACUACGCUACGAGCAAUAACAAUCAAAGUGAUGUAAAGAAAGACGAUAUAGAUAUCGAGUACGAGUAUGAGAAUGAAGAUGGAGAAAUUGAAGAUAUGCAAUCGGCGACUUUGCUCGAUGCAAAUACGACAUCGCACAAUAAUGAUUCCCAUAUUGAGUUUGGCAAUCGUUUGCGUUCUUAGAAAACUGGAAAACACAAAUAUUAUCGAACGCUCAUACAUAUACCUAUUGCAUUAAUAAUUGAUGGGAUUGCUAGAAAAAAGAUAGUAGUGUAGUUAGUAUACAGGGUGUCCCAAAAAAAUCGGGACACCUAAAUAUC